GACAAUUACACACACAUGCAUCCAGUUUUUUUUGAAAAAAUAGCAAACGGAGAUAAUGGUGAUGUUGCCAUCGACUCAUAUCAUCGGUAUAAGGAAGAUGUAAAGAUCAUGAAGGAUAUGGGAUUGGAUGCUUAUAGGUUCUCCAUCUCUUGGACCAGGAUAUUACCAAAUGGGAGCUUAAGUGGAGGGAUAAACAAAGAAGGGGUGAAUUAUUACAACAACCUCAUUAAUGAACUCAUAUCUAAUGGGUUAAAGCCCUUUGUGACACUCUUCCAUUGGGACUCUCCACAAGCUCUAGAGGACAAGUAUGGAGGCUUCCUAAGUGAAAACAUUGUAGCGGACUUUCAAGACUACGCGGAAGUAUGUUUUAAAGAGUUCGGUGACAGAGUAAAACACUGGAUCACGUUCAAUGAGCCAUGGAGUUACAGUGCCGGUGGAUACGCAAAUGGAACAGAAGCACCAGGCCGAUGCUCAUCUUAUGAAAGUGAGCAUUGCACUGCUGGUGAUUCAGGGACGGAACCCUACAUUGUAGCUCAUCAUCAACUCUUGGCUCAUGCUGCUGCUGUUGCCAUGUAUAGACUAAAUUAUCAGGCAGAUCAAAAGGGCAAAAUAGGGAUAACACUAAACUCCAAUUGGUUUAUUCCAUUCUCCAAAUCCAUAUUAGAUAUUGCAGCAGCAAAAAGAUCUUUGGAUUUUAUGUAUGGAUGGUUCAUGGACCCUUUGGUUUUUGGAGACUAUCCAUUUAGCAUGAGAGCUUAUGUUGGAAAUCGUUUACCAAAGUUUACUGAAGAGCAAUCAAAGCUUGUUCAAGGAUCAUUUGAUUUCAUUGGUUUAAAUUACUACACCUCUAAUUAUGCUCAAAAUAUUCCCUUCUCAAAAACAGUUAACAUUAGUUACAGUACAGACAUACACGCUCAACAAUCAGGUGACCGAAAUGGAGUUCUCAUAGGACCAAAGGCUGCUUCUGAUUGGUUAUAUGUUUAUCCACCUGGAAUAAGAAAUUUAUUGCUCUACACCAAAAUGAAGUACAAGAAUCCUGUUAUUUAUAUAACUGAGAACGGGGUUGAUGAGUAUAACAAUGCAACAUUAUCACUGGAAGAAGCACUUAAGGAUGACAUGAGAAUAGACUUCUACAACAAACAUCUAUUCUUUGUUAAUAUGGCAAUCAAGGAAGGUGUUGAUGUGAGAGGAUACUUUGCAUGGUCUUUAUUGGAUAACUUUGAAUGGACUAAUGGCUACACAGUCAGGUUUGGGAUCAACUAUGUGGACUACAAAGAUGGCCUGAAAAGAUACCCUAAAAGUUCUACAAAGUGGUUCACCAAGUUCCUCAAAAAUUAGUCCUGUUUAUGGUCUUUGAAUCUAUCAUAUUAUUAUUAUUUCCUUUUCAUGUAGUAACUUAGACUAGAAUCUAUGACAUUUCAG